AUGCCGAUGACUAGGGAAAGCUCGAAAUAUUCAAAUGGAAAGAAUCAUUUUGAUUAUGACAAUAUUGCAAUUUACUUCACCAAAGAAGAAUGGGAUUGUUUAAAAGAAGGAGACAAAAGAUUAUACAAAAAUGUGAUGAUGGAGAAUUACCAGAUGCUCCAAAUCCUUGGUUAUGCCGAUAUGAAGCUGGCGGUUAUAUCUCACAUUGAGCAAGGAAAAGAAUCGUGCAUUAAAGACUACCCUGACCCUCAGGAAAAUAUGUUUGGGUUGAACUCCAGAAUAGCACUGAAACAACGAAGAAGAUAUGCCUACCAGAGAGCGCUGGCUUCUUGGCCCACGGAAACAUCGGAAGACUCUUCCGAUUCACCCUCACUACACAGGUCAAAUUCUUUACGACAACUGGACAUGUCGUUAUCUUCUGAUGAAUCUGAUUUAUCACAGGACCUCUUAGCAGAAUUUGAGUACAACAACUUGCAUGUUGCUGAAUUUACAUAA